AUGAAUGAUGGAAUACGAGAAAUACCUCCGACCACUUCGGCGUGCAUGAUGGCACACGAUACACAGAAACAUGAUUCCAACUCUACGAACGUGUUGCACAGUUUGGCGGCGGGCGCCAUCGCUGGUGCUUUAGCCAAGAGUACAAUCGCUCCAUUAGAUAGAACUAAAAUCAAUUUUCAAAUAUCUCAAGAACCGUAUUCUGGUAGAGCUGCGUUUAAAUUUUUGGCUGAUACUUAUGCAAAAGAUGGUUUUAUAUGGUUAUGGCGAGGAAAUACAGCCACCAUGACCAGAAUCAUCCCAUAUGCAGCCAUCCAAUUUACAGCAUUUGAACAAUGGCGAAAAUUGCUGAAGGUUGAUGCUCUAAACGCAAAAAAUAACGGAGGUCUUAAGUUUCUUUCUGGAUCUUUAGCUGGAGUAACAUCACAAACGCUAACUUAUCCUUUAGACUUGGCAAGAGCAAGAAUGGCAGUUUCUACCAAAGAUGAUUAUAAAUCGUUGGGAGAUGUGUUCAAAAAGACUUUCAAAGUUGAAGGGAUAAAAGGCUUUUAUCGAGGAUAUGUGCCCACAAUACUAGGAAUUAUACCAUAUGCAGGUACAAGUUUUUUCACAUAUGGCUCAUUAAAGACAUUUAUGAAAGAAAAACAUGGAUAUGAAAAUACGGUUGUGAAUUUAGCAUGUGGUGCAGUGGCAGGUAUGGCUGGUCAAUCAUCAUCGUAUCCUCUAGAUAUUAUUAGACGAAAGAUGCAAACAUCAAUAAUUACUGGAAUAAAUUACACAAACCUCAGAACGACAUUUAUAAUAAUUUAUAAAACUGAAGGCAUUAGACAAGGCUUUUUCAAGGGUCUAAGUAUGAAUUGGAUCAAAGGUCCAAUUGCUACCGGAAUUAGUUUUGCUACAUACGACUUUGUAAGGAAAACUUUAAAGAACAUUUGA